AUGGAAUUGCUGGUCGGAGCUGACGUUCGGAAACUGGUCGGUGUCUGGAUUGAUGCCGGAUCCAGAUAUGAGACCCUAGCGAAUAAUGGUACUGCACAUUUUCUCGAGCAUAUGGCUUUCAAGGUCUCUUUACCGAAGCAGCUGAAUGCGUGUCUGCAACUCUAUGAGGAAUUUUAUGACUCGCGGCAUACGGGUCGCAAGCUUCAGUGGCAACCACGACUUGGUCAGUGCGUUCUCAAAGCGAAUUUCCGACCAGGGUGCGACAAAGAGUUGAAAGUAUCGUUAUUCCAAGCAACAGUGUUACUACUUUUCAAUGAUCAACCAUCUUGGACAGCUGUCGAUAUCAUGAUGGUCACAAAACUAGAACAAAAGGAAUUUGUUCGCACGAUGGUAUCCUUGUCAUGCGCCAAAGUUCGUGUUUUGCACAAAACUCCGACAAACAAAGAGGAAGAAGAAUACAAAGCAGUAGAAGAAGAAGUCAACCAAGAUCGACAGUACCAAAUUGAUGCAGCCAUUGUGCGUGUCAUGAAGACACGCAAAAAGCUCAACCAUCAGCUGCUGAUCUCAGAAUUAUUCGCACAGCUUAGAUUCCCGGUUCGAGCAGCAGAUUUAAAAAAAACGAAUAGGCUCGCUUAUAGAGAGAUAUCUACGGCGAUGUGA